GAACCCACCAUUUUCUUUCCAUUCCCAGAGGAGUCCUGACUCUGACAAGAAGGUAGAGAUUUGAGGUCAGAGGAUUCUGGGGAAUGGAACUAGAGACAAAGAUUGAUCGCUUGCCUAUUGACUUGCUGGCUCAUAUUUUUUGUUUCUUCUCCUCCUUCACUGAUUUGGCUCAGGCGAGUAGUGUGUGCAAGAAUUGGAAACAAGGGGUCAAGGAAUCUUUGGCUCGCAAACAGAAUCUGAGCUUCGCCGGAUGGAAAAUGGAUGAUGAAUCCACAGCUCGCCUCGUUUGCGAUGCCUACAACCUCAAAAAGCUUGACAUCCCGAGGAGCCGUUGGGGUUGCCAAAUAACUGAUAGCGGACUUAUCAAAAUAUCUUUGGCAAAGUGUGUAGGCAAUCUCACAUCCAUCUCACUCUGGGGUUUGACUGGGAUUACAGAUGAAGGAGUUAUUCAACUGGUAUCCAGAACCAAAUCCUUACGACAUUUGAACGUUGGUGGCACGUUUAUCACAGAUGAAUCCUUGUUUGCCAUUGCAAGAAGUUGCCCCAACUUAGAGACCAUUGUCCUGUGGAGCUGCCGUCAUGUAACUGAAAGUGGACUUUUUGUGCUGAUUGAUAAAUGUCACAACCUCAAAUCAAUGAACCUCUGGGGAACAAGACUUUCUGUGGAUUGUCUCAACAAGCUAUUAAAUUUAAGUCCGACUCUUCAGAUCAAAGUUUAGCAUCAUAUCUUAACUCUGCUGUAUGUUGUCAAAUGUGUUGAUUCUAAAUUAUUAGUUUCACCUUCUUUUGUGCACAGUUCCUGCGUAGGAACUAUGCCAUUGUGAUUAUACUUAUUCUUGAUCGAUGUAUGAAAAUUGUUGUAAUUGCUAAUAACGAAUUCACAGUUUGUAAUUAAAGAUGCCAAAUUGGACUAUCUCUCUCUCUGAAGUCUAGCAACUAACAUGGGUUUGUAAAUGGAGUGAGUGUGAAUUAGAUUCAUGAGUUCGUUGCA